AUGGCUUUGUUCAGAGGUCUCUUGGGUGCAAAGAAGAUCAUUGGCGUUUCUGUAGCGGUUACAAGCAAACAGACCGUUUCAGCGCCAAAGGGGUUUCUUGCAGUGUACGUUGGUGAAGACCAGAUCCAGAAGAAGAGAUAUGUGGUGCCAAUCUCAUAUUUAAACCAGCCUUCUUUUCAAGCUCUUCUCAGCAAAUCCGAAGAAGAGUUUGGAUUCGAUCAUCCAAUGGGUGGCUUGACAAUCCCCUGUCCUGAAGAUACCUUCAUUAGUGUGACGUCAAGGUUUCAAUGAUGAUGUUCCAAAAGAAGAAAAAACUAACGUUAGUUAGAGAUAUAAUCAUCCAAUGUAAAUAUGUUAACGUUUUACAAUGUGAAAGAGUUAAAUAAUAUGAAUAGUUUCAGAAUGCUUUUUCUCCCAAGUUAAAUGAAUGUGCAACCAAAACACAAACAAUGAAAAGCUAAAAGAGGUUUUUUCUCUCUCUUUGGUUCUCUGUUUACAAUCCACCAUUGAUUAUGCUUUCUUCAAAACUUAAUCGUUUUCUUACGUAUGCUACUAUGGUUUUAUUUCCUCUUUCUUGAUUCUUUGUUCUUUUUCUUCUAAAUCUUUAUAGCAUGCAGACAGCAUGCAGACAGCAGACCAAUGUUUUCGCUCUUCAUGUGUCGUCGUAACUCGUACGUGUUAGUGUUAACACAUAUUUUCGGUUAUAAUAAAUUGAGUUCAAACUAUAUUGUACUCCUAGUAGAACCGGGUGAAAGGUAGCAAAACCGGAGGGUAAAUCUUGGGAUGGAAACAAAAAUUUCCGGAUUAAUGUUCGGGAUUUUGAACCCGACGUGAAUCGAACACGCAACCUUCUGAUCUGGAGUCAGACGCGCUACCAUUGCGCCACGGAUCCGGAUGUCUAAUACCCUCACAUAUACUUAUCUAACCUUGAUUUGAUAUAAUACAAAGUUAGGGUUCCUUCGUUUUCAACGAUCGAUCAAAAAUGGUGUCUAUUGCAUGAAAAUGACAUUCACCUUGUAAACAUUUAGAACAACUCUUUCAAGAAGAAAGAUAAAAAAGUCAUAUAUUAUACAAUGAAUAAGUCUACUUCAAGAAUAAAAUACUGGAAAAUCAGUUAUUCAUCACUGGAUCCUAGAAGUCACAUUGAUGAAGGUAUCUUCGGGACAAGGAAUGGUUAAGCCACCCAUUGGAUGAUCAAACCCGAACUCUUCCUCGGAUUUACUGAGAAGAGCUUGAAAUGAAGGCUGGCUCAAGUAUGAGAUCGGCACCAAAUAUCUCGUCUUCUGACUCUCUCCUACGUACACAGCCAGAAACCCUUUUGGUGGUGCCACUGAGGCUGCUCUUUUGCUCGUUGAAGCUCCUGCGGUGUAGAGGCCAAGAAUCUUCUUUGCACCAAGUAGACUUCUCAUCAACGCCAUCUCUUUUUUUAAAGUUUGAAAUUUUUUUUUGAGGCUUUUGAAGAUGUAUGAAAAGCUUCAAGUUGAUGGAUAUGUUGCUUCCUGUUUUUUUUUUUUUUUUUUUUUUAAUUGAAGAUAUCCUUUCCAAAAUAUUCUUACAUCACAAAAGUACGUAAUGAAAGGUAAAGAAAGAGCAGAAGAAGAAAAAAUGAUGGUUUAAAAUGAUAGAAAGAGCACAAGAGAAGAUGCCUUCAAUGAUUAUAGAGAAGGAGAGCUAUGGCUGGAAGUAUUGGAACCAAAGAUGAAGGUAUGAAACGCCAGCCAUAGUGGACGAAUGGGUACCCAUCCGAGACAACCUUUCCUUUUGAUCCAAGCCAUGGAGCUUGGCUCUUAAAAUUGUUUGAAGCUCUUUCAACAGGGAAGUAACAGACCUUGAAGUUGCAGUGUGGAUCCUUGUGUUUCUUUCUUUCCAAAUAAGAUAAACUGCCGCCUGGAAAAUGAUCUUACACAAUACCUUAAGCUUUGCAUUAGUCGUAAAGGACCUGAGCCACACCAGAUUAUGCUCAAAGCUAUUAGGUGGUGAGAAUGGAGCUGCUUGAAACAAAAAAUUCCAAAGGUCCAGCGAGAACGAACAAGCGAAGAAUAAGUGAUGAAGACUCUCAUCAACCGUAUCGCAAAGAGGACACAAAGGAGUAACAUCUAAACCCCACCUUCUUAGCUUAUCUCGAGUCGGCAUUCUAUCACGAGCAGCAACCCACGUGAUAAAUGUAUGUUUCGGAAUAUUUCCUUGGAACCAAACCGACGAGAACCAGUCAACAGGAGGUGGCAUCGGGUGCAAAGUACUCCAAGUUAAAGCAGAGGAAAAGACAGCAGGAGGUGAAUGCAAAGUAUUACGCCAGAGAAAAAUAUUCGGGAGAGAAGAGUUUAUUUCAGCAGGCAAGUCAGGAAGACAAGCUCGCAGCAGAAGAAGAGUGGGAUGUCUUCCCCUUGGCCUAGACCAAGCACCCCUCGAAGCAGCCUGUUUGACAGUAAGCAUAAAGCGUAUGCCAGUAACUCUCGGACCGUUUGCCCCUGUAAGGUUAAUCAAAGGUCCUAAACCUGUCCAAUUAUCAUGCCAAAAAGAGGCAGUAUUCCCAGAAUGAACCUGACAUACCAAGAAAGGCCUUGCCAACUCCCGGAGCUUAAUCAGCCGUCUCCAUAUCCAGGAGCCAUUUCCCGUGGAGACAGUUCUGGAUGUUGCUUCCUGUUUGUUGAUGAUAUAAAGAAAGGGUUAUGUGUGUAUAUAGAAAGAUUAAUGAAUGAGUUUGAAAAGUCCUUGAAACAUGUGGUCUACAAGUGUGGGACAGGCUAUAGAACAUGGUUCUGUCUUUAACAUCUCUAAAAGAUGCAUUAAAGCAACUUGUCUACUUGGAUAAUCUCCAUAUCCAGUUCACAAGGGCUUGUUUUCUCAAUGUUUCUAAAGAAAGAAUCCUUUAUUUUACUUAUAAUUGUCAUGUGUGAUCCUAAUAUUAUCAAAGAACAACUUGAACGGUGGAAUAGACUUCUUGUUAUGGUUGUUGAGAAACUUCAGGUCCCAUUUAGUUCUUAUUAAAUCCAUUAAGACCACAGAUAUGAGAUAAUAGGAAAAAUAAACAACCAUAGAACGUGGAAGAAAGAACCUUGCUGGUCUUUGUUAUUGACAGUGGCAUAUGUAUCAUCUAAAGCUUUUUGAGACAACAAGCCCUUGUGACUCAUCUAUCAUCAAGACAAAUUUCAUUAAUGCAUCUUUCCAUAGUUUUUAAGACAGAACCAUGUGAUCUGCUCUGGUCUGUCCCACGAUCCAAGUCCACAAGUUUCAAAGUUCUUUUCUAUGAGAUUUCAACUCAUUCAUUGAUCUAUCUAUAUAUACACACGAGUCAUUCUUUCUAUCAUUAACCAAAAACAAGCAAUUCAAUAACUUUAAUCCUUUCAUACAUCUUCAAAAGAUUCAAAAGAACUCAAACGUUCAGCAACAAAAGUAAAACGAAAUGGCUUUGGUGAGGAGUCUAUUGGGUGCAAAGAAGAUGCUUGGAGCUGCAACAAGCAAAAGAGCAACCUCGGCUGCACCAAAAGGGUUUCUUGCAGUGUACGUAGGAGAGAGCCAGAAGAAGAGAUAUGUGGUGCCAAUCUCAUACUUAAGCCAGCCUUCGUUUCAAGCUCUUCUCAGUAAAUCAGAAGAAGAGUUUGGGUUUGAUCAUCCAAUGGGUGGCUUAACCAUCCCUUGUCCUGAAGAUACUUUCAUCAAUGUUACUUCUAGGCUUCAGUGAUAAUUGUCCAACAUAUUGUUCGUCUAGUUAGAAAUAGAUUUGUUCCUUGUAGAUAGAGGAUUUUUUUCUCUUCUUCUUGAAAGAGUUGUUCUAUAACUUUUUGAAGAGAAUGCCACAGAUACGAAGAUCUAUGUGAAUGCCAUAUAAUUUUUUGAAAAACCA